AGCCAAAUCAACACAUAUAUUUGUAUAUUCCCACAUCGCUGAGAACAAAAUAAUCUCUAUUAUUGUCAUUAAUUAAGGGAUUAUUAUAUUUUUUCAGGAAAAAAAAAUAAAAUUAUUAAUCACAAUCUCAUCCUUAAUCCUCUCUAUAUAUACACACAUAUACAUAUUUUUAGAUCAAUUUACUCUCUCUUUAUUCCAUUUGUUCCAAAGAAAAAAAAGUUUAAAAUCUUUUCCGUGAUUUGGAACAGAAUCUUAUAAUGGUGGACUCUCAGCCUUUUCUUCCCAGCUCUCCAACCCUUCCCACCUCCAACGGCGACGGCCGGCGGCGGCGACGACCCAUGAAAGGGUUGGUGGCAAUGGUUUCUGGGUUGUUAAUGGUUGUUCUCUUGGCUGCCAUUAUUGGCCGGAAAGAUCCACGUGGAUUCUUUCACCGUGAAGAUGAUGAAGAUCAAAACGUCAUCGGAUCGUUGUUUAAGUCUAAAGAAAAUACCCAGCCACAGCCAGAGACAUUUCAACCCGCCUACUCUCGCGGAGUAUCGGCCGGUGUAUCGGAGAAGACGAGUCAGUUAUUCUCCGGCCAAAACCCGGUGGCGUUUCCUUGGAAUAAUAGCAUGUUGUCGUGGCAAAGAACUGCUUUUCAUUUUCAGCCAGAGAAGAAUUGGAUGAACGAUCCAAAUGGUCCAUUAUACUACAAAGGAUGGUACCACUUUUUUUACCAAUACAACCCCAACGGUGCAGUGUGGGGAGACAUAGUGUGGGGCCAUGCAGUCUCCUCCGACUUGAUCCACUGGCUCCACCUCCCACUGGCCAUGGAGGCGGACCAAUGGUACGACGCCAACGGUGUCUGGUCUGGCUCUGCCACCAUUCUCCCUGACGACAGAGUUGUUAUGCUAUACACUGGGUCAACCAAUGAGUCAGUCCAGGUCCAGAACCUCGCGUACCCGGCUGACCCAUCUGACCCGCUUUUAAUCAAAUGGGUUAAGUACUCUGGAAACCCGGUUCUGGUUCCACCACCCGGAAUCGACAACAAGGACUUUCGUGACCCCACCACGGCUUGGUUGACAUCCGAAGGUAAGUGGAGGAUCAUAGUUGGGUCAAAGGUUAACAAAACAGGGAUCUCUUUGGUUUAUGAUACUCUGGAUUUUAAGAGCUAUGAACUCUUGGAUGGUGUUCUUCAUGGUGUGCCCGGAACUGGGAUGUGGGAGUGUGUUGAUUUCUAUCCAGUGUCUACUUCUGGGGACCAUGGUUUGGAUACCUCUAUUAAUGGGGUUGGUGUUAAGCAUGUGGUGAAGGCCAGUCUUGAUGAUGACAGACAUGAUUACUAUGCAAUUGGUACUUAUGAUGAGAAGAAUGGUAAAUGGAUUCCUGAUAACAGUGAGAUUGAUGUUGGGAUUGGGAUUAGAUAUGAUUAUGGUAUUUUCUAUGCUUCUAAAUCUUUCUAUGACCCCAAAAAGGGAAGGAGAGUGUUGUGGGGUUGGAUUGGUGAGUCUGAUAGUGAACUUGCUGAUGUCAAGAAAGGAUGGGCAUCACUUCAGGGUAUUCCUAGGACAGUUGUGCUGGACAAGAAGACAGGUUCCAAUCUACUUCAAUGGCCAGUUGAGGAAAUUGAGAGCUUGAGAUUAAGCAGCAGAGAGUUCAACAAUGUUGAGCUUAAACCAGGGACAAUAGUGCCAAUUGAUGUAGGCACAGCCACACAGAUUGAUGUUGUAGCUGAGUUUGAGGUUGACAAGAAGGCCUUGGAAGCAACAGCUAAAGCCAAUUACACAGAGUUUAGCUGCAGCAACAGUGGUGGUGCUGCUCAACGUGGUGCUUUGGGGCCAUUUGGUCUUCUUGUUCUUGCAGAUGACAAACUCUCAGAACAGACUCCUGUAUAUUUCUUUAUUGUUAAAGGCUCUGAUGGAAAUCUCAAGACUUUUUUCUGCAGUGAUCAUUUAAGGUCUUCUGUAGCAAAUGAUGUGAAAAAACAAAUAUUUGGUAGCUUUGUUCCAGUACUGAAAGAUGAAAAGCUAUCUGUUAGAAUUUUGAUUGAUCAUUCCAUAGUUGAAAGCUUUGCACAAGGAGGAAGAACAUGCAUCUCAUCUAGAGUUUAUCCGACAAAGGCAAUCUAUGGCGCGGCUCGAAUUUUCGCAUUCAACAAUGCUACCGAGGCCAGUGUUAAGAGCUCAAUCAAGAUAUGGCAGAUGAACUCUGCUUUCAUACGCCCCUUUCACCCUGAAAAUAAGAAGCCACCACAUAAUUCAUUAUGAUUUGAAACAAGUAAAAGUUUAGUUUCAAAUGUUUCUCUUUCUGUCUUCUUGGCCUAUUGUCAAACAAGAAAGGGGUAUUUUUUUUUUUUUUGGGUAUUUUCUCCUAAAUGGCACAUGGGAAAAUAUACAUGUGCAUUCUUAUUUUUGAUUAGGGUGUAAUUAGAUUCUAUUUCCUAUUGAGUUAUAUAAAUGAAGCUGAAAAUAUUUUUUCUUUA